UGGUCCUAUGUUUUCUUGCAAGUACUAGCACCAAUAGCUACUAUUUCCGAACUGGUCAUAAUUAGUCCCUGUUCCUAAUUAGCCAUAUAUACUACUACUAUUGAAGUAGUAUUCAACAGAAAGAGAGACACACGCACGCACCCUAAUUGUAAUUGGUCAUUCAUUGUUCCAAACUAUGCCUUCACUCUCCGAAGCCUACCGAGCCCACCCAGUGCACGUCCAACACAAGCACCCUGACUUCAACUCCCUACAAGAACUCCCUGAAUCAUACACUUGGACACAGAUUGAUGAUCACACUAAUUACCCUUCCAAUUAUAGUGUCAAGGAGAGUGUCCCAGUUAUUGAUCUCAAUGACCCCAAUUCUUCAAAGCUCAUAGGCCAUGCAUGCAAAACAUGGGGUGUGUUCCAAGUGGUAAACCAUGGCAUCCCCACAAGCCUCCUUGAUGACAUUCAAUGGCUUGGAGAGACCCUUUUCUCUCUUCCUCCUCACCAAAAACACAAAGCAGCUCGUUCCCCUGAUGGUGUUGCAGGCUAUGGCCUCGCUCGUAUCUCUUGUUUCUUCCCCAAACUCAUGUGGUCUGAGGGUUUCACAAUUCUUGGAUCCCCUCUUGAGCAUUUCAGCAAACUCUGGCCCCAAGAUUAUGCCAAAUACUGUGAUAUUGUCUUGCAAUAUGAUGAAACCAUGAAAAAGCUAGCGGGAAAGCUGAUGUGGCUCAUGUUGGAUUCUCUGGGUAUUACAAAGGAAGACAUCAAAUGGGCCGGCUCAAAAGGCCAAUUCAAAAAGGCUUGUGCUGCCUUGCAAUUGAACUCCUACCCGACUUGCCCGGAUCCGGAUCGGGCCAUGGGUCUUGCCCCGCAUACCGACUCCACCCUUCUCACAAUCCUCUACCAAAACAACAUAAGCGGGCUGCAGGUUCAUCGGGAAGGCAGCGGGUGGGUGACAGUGCCGCCAUUCCCCGGUGGGCUGGUGAUCAAUGUGGGCGACCUCCUCCACAUAUUGUCAAACGGGUUAUACCCGAGUGUGCUCCAUCGGGUUCUAGUGAACCGGAGCCGGCAACGAUUUUCAGUUGCCUAUCUAUAUGGGCCCCCAUCCAAUGUUGAAAUCUGUCCACAUGCGAAGUUAGUGGGCCCAACACAGCCUCCACUGUACAGGCCAGUGACUUGGAAUGAAUACCUUGGCACCAAAGCAAAGCAUUUCAACAAGGCACUCUCAUCCGUUCGGCUUUGUGCACCUAUUAACGGUUUGUUUGAUGUAAGCGAUCCUCGCAAAAAUAGUGUGCAAGUGGGCUAGAUUGCUUUGAACUUUUUCGUUUGUUCCUUAUUGCAUGGUCUAUUUUGUACCAAACAUAAAAAGGCAACAGAAAUG